AUGCAACACGACUCGACUUUAUGUACAAGUUACAAGUUAAAAGUGGUAGGUUGCAAGUUGCAAGUUGCGAAAACAGACCGAGUUAAUCCCUUUCUGCCCCUCCGCGGAGCUCUCCGCGGAGAUAUCUUCGCUUCGGCACUGAAAACACUUACAGAUCAUGCCAGACACCUUCUGAAUUUUCCAAAUCCCGUCUCUUACGCUCUAGCGAUCCGGUUACGGUGGAUAUGGGUAGCUGGACAACCAACCAAAUGCAAGCGGUUUCUUAUUACUCACAUUUUCCGACUUCUUAUAUUUAAGCCCCUACCCCGGUCAUUAAAUAGUCCAGACAUCGAACGUUUUCUUUCCUCAACCACCCUAAUAACAACAGAUCCAUCUACCAUGGGUUCCAAUCCGGGAAUGACCCCAGACCAAAUCGCACUCAUUAAGGCGACGGUGCCGGUUCUUGUAGAACAUGGCAACACCAUCACGACUGUCUUCUAUCGCAACAUGCUUGAAGCCCACCCGGAGCUGAACACCGUGUUCAACACUGCCAACCAGGUCAAUGGCCAUCAACCUCGUGCGUUGGCUGGUGCACUCUACGCAUAUGCAUCGCAUAUCGAUGACCUCAGCGCACUAGCCUCCGCGGUUGAGUUGAUCUGCAACAAGCAUGCCUCCUUGUAUAUCAAGCCUGACGAUUACAAGAUCGUUGGCAAGUACCUUCUCGAAGCCAUGGGCGAGGUGCUGGGCGCGGCAUUGACCCCAGAAAUCCACGACGCAUGGGCCACAGCCUACUGGCAGCUGGCAGAUAUCAUGAUCGGCCGCGAAAAGCAGCUCUACGAACAUGCCGAGGGUUGGACUGACUGGAGAGAAUUCAAGGUUGCGAACAAAGUCAAGGAAUCCGAGGAAAUCACCUCCUUCUAUCUUGCCCCCGUCGAUGAAAAGCCACUGCCGGCCUUCCAGCCCGGCCAGUACAUUUCCAUCCAAACCUACGUCCCAGCUCUCAAGUACCCGCAGGCCAGACAGUACUCUCUCAGCGACCAGCCGAAGCCGGACUACUAUCGCAUCAGUGUGAAGAGAGAACUGGGCCUCAACCCUGCCGCUCCAGGUGCUGCCGCCCAUCCAGGUUACAUCUCGAAUGUGUUACACGAUACAUUCAAAAUUGGCGACAAGCUCAAGGUGUCCCACCCCUACGGCGACUUUUUCCUCGCCCCUGCCGACUCAGAAACCGGUAAUCCGAUCGUGUUGAUCUCUGCUGGCGUGGGCCUAACACCACUGACGUCGAUGCUCAACACAUUGAUUUCCAAAUCGCCCGCAACGCGCAAAGUGCAUUUCAUCCAUGGCGCACGUUCAUCGGGCGCGCGUGCUUUCAAAAAGCACAUCUCGGAGCUUCCAAAUCAAUUCCCCUCCAUUCAGACAACAUUCUUUACGAGUCACCUCUCCGAGGGAGAGGCAGAAGGCGUGGACUACGACCAUGUCGGACGGGUGGACUUGACCAAGUUGAAGGAUCAGGACUUGUUCCUUGAUGAUGCCAAGACUGAUUACUAUAUUUGUGGACCCGGAAAGUUCAUGACCGAUAUGGAGUCGGCUCUCGAGGCCAAGGGUGUGAGUGCCGACCGCGUCAAGAUGGAAUUGUUCGGAACCGGAGGUAUUCCCCAUUGA